AUGUUCGCCUCCUUCUACCUGACCGUCCUGGCCUUCGUGGUCUCGCUCGUCGCCGCCACCACCGCUGCCACUGGCACCACCACCUCCACCAUCUCCCGGACCCAGACCAUCACCAUCACCCGCUGCAACCCCUCGGUCACCAACUGCCCGGCCCACCGCCACAACACGACCACCUCCAGCUCCACCCACUGGCCCGUCAGCAACACGAGCACCGUCGCCUGGCCCACCUCGUACCACAACAAGACCACCUCCCACCACGCCACGGCCACCACCGGCGCCGCUUCCACCGUCGUCGUCGUGCCCAGCUCCGUCGUCGUUGCGCCUACCAGCUCGCCCUCCACCGCCACCACCUCCGGUGCCCAGGGCCUGUUCAUCCAGAGCGGCCUGCUGCUUGGUGGUCUGGCUGCUGCUGUUGCCAUCCUGGCAUAG